AUAGAAGAGAAAGAGAAAACAAAAAAUGAAGAAAGGGGGCGGAGGCGGAGGCGGAGGCGGAGGCGGUGGAGGAGGAUCAGCGGCGGAGAAGAAGGAAGCCCGUCACUCUUCAAGCACCAGCACCCCUCCCGUGGUGGUUCUAUUUGGGUCGUUUACUGAGGAUGAAAUAAAGUCUCGAUUUUGGCAAUCUUCCAAAGACGAAAAGACAUCGGUAGAGUCCCAAGUUGGCUCGAGGGCCUCUGUUCAAGAAUCAUCUUUGGGCAGCUGUGGAAAUGAACUAAGCAUACAAUUCGGUUCCCUGGAGGCACCUCUGGUCUCAGUUCCGUCUAACUUUCAGAAGCAGAAGAAUGACGGUAAUGCAAAUUUAGGUGAUAAUACCGUGUCUGAUGAUGCGAAACAAAACGGGAACGUUUGCCAGAGGAAGGAUUUAAACAGUAGUAAAAGUGAAGGAACAAAUACCAUUGAUAAGGUAGAAUAUACUGCUUUAAAUGUGGCUGGAGAGUAUGAGGACGCAUUGAGUAAGUUGGCUGCCUUGCCACCACAAUCUCUUGGUGGUGUGAGUUCAAAGGGAUUGAAUUCAAAUGGAAACUUUGGUGGACCUUGGGGCACACAUAAUUAUGGAAACUUUGCUGGACCUUGGGGCACACAUAAUUUUGGUUUUGUCCACACAGACGCUAGUCAUGAUCCUCUGGCCUUUACCGAGCUUCGGCCUCGGGGCCUAAUAAAUGCAGGAAAUUUGUGCUUUCUUAAUGCAACUUUACAGGCUCUUUUGGCCUGUUCCCCAUUUGUUCAGCUUCUGCAAGAAUUAAGAAUGAGCAAUUUUUCUAAGGUUGAAUUCCCCACUCUUACGGCAUUUUAUGAGUUUAUUCAUGCGUUUGGCUUUCCUUCUGGUGUUAGUUUGACGAAGAAAGAUGUUUCUGCUCUUGAAACUGGCUGGCCAUUCAGUCCCGUCAUGUUUGAAGUGAUUCUGAAAAAUUUUACUCCAGACGUGCCCAGUAGUAUGUCUGGCAGGCCAAGGCAAGAAGAUGCUCAAGAGUUUUUAAGUUAUGUUAUGCAUCAAAUGCAUGAUGAACUGCUCAAGCUUGAAGGCCAAUCAAACAUGAGUGGAGGGAAAUCAUCACUUGUUUCCGCGGCUGAGGAUGAUGAGUGGGAGACUGUUGGCCCCAAAAAUAAAUCUGCUGUGACAAGAACGCAAACCUUUGUCCCUUCAAAAUUAAGUUUGGUUUUUGGGGGGCAAUUACACAGUGUUGUGAAGGCAAAAGGAAAUAAACCAUCUGCUACUGUGGAGCCAUUUCUUCUUCUUCAUCUUGACAUCAAUCAUGAAACUGUGUAUUCGAUCGAAGACGCUCUGCACUUAUUUUCUGCAAAAGAGACUCUUGAUGAGUACCGAGCACCGGCUAGUGGAAAGGUCGGAGUUGCUAGUGCAAGAAAAUCUGUUAGCAUACGGACGCUUCCCAAGAUAUUGGUCUUGCACCUGAAACGGUUUUGCUAUGUAGCCCGCGGAAGCACCAAGUUGCACAAGCCAGUGCGGUUCCCUCUUGAACUGGUCCUUAACCGUGAUUUGCUUUACUCAAAUACUGAGGGACGAAAGUACGAGCUUGUUUCGACGAUAACACAUCAUGGAAAGGAAGCAUCAAAGGGACACUACACCGCAGAUGCUCGCUAUCCUAGUGGUCAGUGGUUGCGGUUUGAUGAUGCAUCUGUUACCACCAUUGGUACUGGCAAGGUAUUGCAUGACCAGGCAUACAUACUCUUCUAUAAACAACUAUAGAAUGCAAUGUGAGCUCUCCCUAAGGAAACCAAAUCUAUCGUGCAAGUUUUUUUUGGAUAUGCAACCAAUGACAUUACAAGAGCAGCAGCGUUGAAAGGAGGAUGUUUAUCCGGAAUUGUGCGAUUCAAACUUUCAUUUAGUGCUUAACUGUAUGCUGAUCGCUCUUUUUCCGCAGUUAGUUCUCUAAUUGAUGCGGUACAUGCGCGUUAAUACAGAAAUUGUAAAUUUUGUGGAGGUAGGUAGUUUGUUGUAGGUUUCUGUUUCGGUAGGAUCUAACAUCAAGUCAAAUUUGAAUUGAUAAGUUUGUUUUGACAGUCAACAAUCAAUCACAUUCAACAUAGAAGGAUAUAGUUGAAUUGAUAAGUUUUCUUGGCUCUUUGACGGUGGUGUGGUGCAACAGGCAGUAUUAGUCCCAAUAUAAGUUCAUCCUAAGCUAGUUAAGACACAUAGGUAUCUCAGCAAUGAACAAACCGGUCAUGUCAAUCUACCUUCCGCAAUUAGUAUUUUGCCUUUCUUUCUUUCUCGCUUCAAAAUUUGCCAGAAGUCAUCUACUUAGUAAAACCGAUGAUAAAGGCAUAUUUGUUACAUUUUCACAUAUUUUAUUAUCAUAUCAUUAUUUAGUAUUUGAUCAAUUUCAUUUUCGUUGUUUGUUAAAUGUUAUAAAUAUUUACAUAAUAAAUUUCCAAUUUUC